AUGGACAGAAAGAUCAGAACAUUAUUAACAAAAUACGGUUUUUUACACCCAAAAGCUGAUAUUGACCGUUUCUAUAUAUCCAGAAACAGUGGAGACCGUAGACUAAUAGAACCAGAAAGCGCGUACAAACGUGCAGUCGUUGGUGUCAGUGAAUACAUCACGCAAAAAUCUGAUAAAUAUAUCAAACUAGUUUUCAGCCAUGAAAAGAAAAGAGAAAAAAACAGACAUUUUGAUGGCUAUACAGCUCUGGACUCAAAGUCUCCUUAUAGCAGCUCAAGAUCAGGCAUUAAAUACGCGAUAACAUCAAAAAACGUGAAACAAGUCAACAGCUUCAAUUAUCUCGGAAGUCUGAUUACCUCAGAUUGUAAAUGUGAUGUGGACAUCAAACGAAGAAUAGCUAUGACGAAAAAUGCAUAUUCUAAAAUGAAAAACGUCCUCACCAACAGUAAAAUUAGAUUAUCAACAAAAUUAAAACUAUCGGGUUUAGUGGAGGUCGAUGGUCGCCAAUGUCCUGAAAGGAUGAGGCACGAGAAAGAAAAAGUACGACAUGGCUAUAAACACCGACCGUUGUAUCUGGGCUAA